CUCGAUAAUCCACUUCCAACUUUGAGAGGAUAAAGCCGGAGCCGGAAAAGAGCGAUCGGCGAACGCAACAAUGGCCGUAUUAACGACUCCGAUCACCAGAGGCUUCUCAACGCUACAAACAUUCCCCAAAAUUGGUGUUAAGCUCGAAAAUCCAGGACGUGUCAAUAACUUUGUGGUUCUGUCGCAGAAAAAGAAGAGUUCCAACUCGCAAAAUGAAGGCCGAGGCCGUAGAGUAUGGAGGCGAAGGAAAUUGACGAGGGUGGAUGAUAAGAUGGACUACAGAUUGGAAAGAAUUCCUUUCUUGGAGGAGCACGUGAGGAAGAUAAGGAGAGAGGGGAAGUUGUUGACAAUGGACAUUGAGAGGCUAUUGCUAUCGGAAGAGAACCGGUUUGAUUUUGUCAAUGAGAUCGCUGCAGAGGCAAAGGAAUAUGUUGAGAACAACCGCGAUGAGUAUGGUUCAAAGAAAGCCAUGCUUCAUGUCCUUAGUAAUCGUAUGAAUGAUGCUGGGUUUUAUCGACCAGAGGCAUACAUUGAGUCAGACCCCUUCAAACCUGGUCCAGGUUAUAUGAGGGAAGAACUUUAGAUCAUGCAACCUAAAAGUUUCUUUCUUUUAGCACUUCUCCAUUGCCUUAACAUUGUUCUAGUUUCAUUUUUGGAGUAUAAUCUAAAGAAAAUGAUAUUAAUACUGCACUUUAUAUAUUUUUAGUCCAAUUGGUA